AUGUUCUGGGCCGACCUGAGAUCUGCUGAAUAUCGUCGCAAAGAAAAAGUGGGUGAAUAUCGGUCAAUUACCACACGCAACAAUUCCAUGACAAUGGUGGUAGAAUUCACCUGUCAAAGGUGUGCUCAGGCGCUCCGCCUUGGAAUCAGAAGCCAUGUUCCCACAGCUAGGAUGAAAUCGAUCCCUAACACCCGGUCUUAUCACUCGAACACCAUUUUCUCUGGACGCCGAAAGCUCCAGCCCAGCAUCAAGCAUGGAUAUGUCAACGUUCAGGACCAGAUAAAAGGAAUCGCGUCUGCUUCCAGAUCUCAAGCUACCGAUGCACCCUCUUCUCAAAUCCAGACAAAACGUCAGGCGUCCAGAUCUGAGUUCGAGCGGCCCAUCCUCCGUGCGAAUAACCUCUUCCACUCCUAUACAAACUCUCCUUCUCCGGAGAUCAGACGUCGCGCGGCAUUCAUCAAGCAAAAUGCAUUUUGUCCUCAUCCCAACCACCGGCAAACACGCAUUCCGCAGUCUCCGCAUGACUCCGAGUCUAGGAAAACCUCCGACGCAACCAGUCAAGAGCCAGCCCCUGCACAGUUCGAAUGUCCCGACUGUGGGGUCCCGGUAUACUGCUGUGAAGAGCACUGGAUGGAUGAUUUCGAAGCACAUUUGGAAGUGUGCGAGACAAUUCGACAAAUCAAUGAGGACGACCAUGAUUUGGUUUCGGGUCGAUUUUUUACAGAGUUUGACUAUCCCGGCCGACAGGAUGACGAUUUCGUGGUUAAUAUGACGAAUUGGGAUACAUUCUUGUAUACGAGGGAGUUUAAUGCGGUAAAUGAUGAUAGGUGUAUGCGGCAGGUUACGAGACUAUUGACAUAUCCGGUGACUAUUGCGAGUGUAUUGCAUGAGCUAAGCCCCUAUGAUAUUCGGAACAAUGGGAGACUCACGACAGAGGGAUUAAAGAGUCUUGCUGCCCUCCGAUAUACCCUUCAUCCGCCGAAAACAGGUGAAGGAACGGAUAUGUCGGGCCUACGACUCCAUGCUCCGCCAGUUAGAAUAUUCGUUCUCGGAGCCCGUGCCGAGUCCUCUCUUCCACGAGACGUCUGGUUACAGCUCACAUACCUCUUCCCAAGAGCAAGCAUCAAUCUCAUCUUCAUCGGCCCGGAAAGCAUGGCAAACAGAGAUGACGAAUUCCCACUCCCGGAACGAACUCCGAGCAAUCCCUUCGGCGGCAUCGUAGAAGACCGUUUAGGACCGCAACUCAAGAUAACAACAUAUGUGGACUACUUCCAUACCAUGCAUCGCACAAACAUGUUCCAGCCCUAUGAUCCUUACUUUGACUGCUUCAUGCUUUUCCAUCCUGGUCUGGGUCACCCUGCAAGCUCACACGAGUGGGAAGAAACAUUGCCCCAUCUCCUUGAAACAAAAGUACCCAUUCUCUGCACGGGAUACACUGAAUGGGAUAUGCAGAGAGACCUGAAUUGGGUGACAGAGAAAUGUGCCGGUGAAUUCGAUAUCCUCCUUGAGCCGGGAGAGAAUAGGUUCCGGAGCUUGAGGUGGGAUCUGAACGAUUUAGAUCCGCAUGAUGUCUCUGCCGGAAACUGGGGUGUUUGGGGUUUUAGAGGAAAGAGAUACGAGGCUACCCUAAAAGACUAGAUCCUUUUCAUUUGAUUUUUAGUUUGGAGUACAGGGAGGACAUCCAGUUCUACUUCGGGACUUAUGAAGGUCUCUUUGUCGCAUUGGGGCACCGUGAAUGUAUUGUAAUUGGCUUCCUUAUGCAUGUAUAUUACCAGCUCCCCUCUGCCUAUAGCC